UCAGCCACCAAAUCACAACCACUUCAUAUGCUAACUAUUUCACAGAAAAACUUCAAACAUUGAACAUUCGCCAUAAUUCGCAAGCACUCUCAUAUCAGACGUGAUCAAUACAUAUCGGAGUAGGCCGCAGACCGCGGAGAAGACGGCAAGUCUAGAAACCUCAAAAAAGGUGGAGAUGCUGUGGAAGAAUAUAUAUAUACAGAUCACAACAGUUGCAAGAUUCGAUCACUCCAUAAUCAAAUCGCUUUCUACUUAAGCACUAUUAUCAUACUUCAAAAACAAACUCUUCGCUUUUCCAUCAAGAUUUCCCUAUAUCCUCCCCACUAUGGAACAAAGCACCCUUGCCCGCCGCGGUCUAGGACUUCGAGGCGUUAACAACUCCAAAGUCUCCCCAGGCUAUACCCUCUUCGCGCAUCUCACUUCCCCAGGCAUCGUCAAGCUCGUCAACAACGCCGGGCACGUCGUCCACACUUGGAAACUCCCCUACCGACCCGGCCGUCACGCCCGCAUCCUCAAAAACGGCAACCUCGCCUUCAACGGCGUCCACCCAGACGCGCCCCGCCUCUUCCCGCUAUGGCAAAAGUAUCGCGGUGGUGUCAUGAUGCAGGUUGACCCUUCUGGCAAGGUUGUAUCAGAGCACCGCGACCCCUUCGCCCACCACGACCAGCACCACCUCGACGACGGCUCGAUCCUGUACACGACCCUCGCCCCCUGCACCGCGGACGAAGCAGCGAGUAUCCCGGGUGGUAUCCCUAAGACCGAGGCGCCAGACGGCACCGUCUACGCCGACUGCAUCAAACACGUCUCGCCCACCGGCGAGCUUCUCUGGUCAUGGCGCGCGAUCGAGCAUCUCCCGCCCCCCCUCUUCCCACUCCAACCGCACUACACCCGCGACCACUGGCCGCUGAUCAACAGUGUCUGGCCCCUCGCGGACGGGAACAUCCUUGCUUCCCUCCGCUCCGUCUCCGCCGUCAUCAUCAUCUCCCGCGAGACAGGGGAAGUGAUCUGGCAUUUAGACUCGACGGUCGUCGCGCAGCAGCACUGCGCGUCUGAGCUCGCAAACGGCGACAUCUUGAUCUUCGACAAUGGGACUUUCCGGCACGGCGAGAGCGCGACGUACUCCCGCGUGAUACAGGUCUCGCGCGCUACUAAAGAGAUAGUGUGGGAGUAUAGGGAUCCGCAUCCGAUGACGUUCUUCACGCCGUUUAUGGGGGGUGCGCAGCGGUUAGCGACUGGGAACACGUUAGUGACCGAAGCGGCGUUCGGAAGAAUCUUUGAAGUGACGCAGGAGGGUGAGAUGGUGUGGGAGUAUGUGGUGCCGGAUUUUGCGAGCUAUAAGGGGCUGGGUGCGGAAGAGAUUGAGGGGUAUUUUUGGUAUCCGGCGAAUGCGGUGUUUCGGGCGUAUAAGUAUAGUCCGGAGGAGGUACCGUGGUUGAAGGUUGAUGAGGCGAAGUUGUGAGGGCAGGAGUGGUAGAAAGCGGUAGAGGAAAAGGGGGUCAAUGGCGUUUGGUAGUAAUUCACUGGCUAGUGUGCUGGGCAAGUUUUGCGUAGGGAAAAGCUUGUACAUAUCAUGAACACAGCUCAUUUACCUUGAUUAUCUUCCCAAAACACUCCUGAGUCCCUUGA